AUGCGUGAUCGCAUGAAGCGCGAUAUUAUUCGCCUGAUGGGGGGUAGCUGUGGCCCCGACUUUGAAACUUUUCUUAGUUGGGUCAUAAACAAGAGCAUUGACGAGAUGGAAGCCGACCAUGCCAAAAAUGCCCGUCGCCGUGAAGAGGUGCCGAGGACGUGCAAUCCCGCUGACACAUUUGCCAACUUUGCCUAUGAACACGGCAAACCUCGAUCUACUCGAAGCACCCCGCGUCCUGGUGAUGGCCGCGGCCAUUGGCAUUAUUAUCGUGCUGGCGGUGCCCCCUCACCUGAGAGCAGCCGCUCUACAAGCCACGACGUAGCUGGCACUGCUGGCAAUCAUCCCCCAGCCCCAGCCAGACAUGUCUCGCCGAUCCGCCUGUUUUUCAGGACCGGCCGCAAGUGA